AAUCGGGGGCAAUUUCUUCUAUCUUUCUUGUUUUCAAGUGUCACCCAAUAAUAACAAGUGUUCUUUCUUUCCAUUUUGUUGGCCUUGGGGUUUAACUUCGAUUUGAAGUUCAAUCCCAAUUUUCGGUCAACAUCUUCCAAUAAAGGAAAAAGAACCGAAAUAAAAAAAUAAAUAAUGCCGAGAUCACUCAACAUUUUUUUAUUUUUUCUUUGUUUGGCGGUCAUCACGCCUACAAUGAAUGCCAGUGAAUUAGAGACUGAGAAAUUUUGGAAGGAAGAAAGACCUGAGUUUGAUCAAUAUUGGGAGGAAAGGUCUGUAGAAGCAAAAGAAUUCAAUCAAAAAGCUUAUUUCCCUGAUCCUUUCGAAGUCUCUGGCAACCUAACUGCUUCUAUUACCGAAGUCAUUGCUGGAAAGAACUUAAGAAGGAACCUGAGGGGAAACAAAGGGGGAGGACAAUGUCUGGCCACAAACCCCAUUGAUAGAUGCUGGAGGUGUGACCCAAAUUGGGCUGAUAACCGCCAGAAACUAGCCGAUUGUGUCCAAGGGUUCGGCAGAAACACCCGUGGAGGUAAAGGCGGUCCAAUUUACGUUGUCACCGAUCCUUCUGACGAUGAAUUGAUGGACCCCAAACCCGGCACACUCCGUUAUGCAGUCACACGUAAUGGACCCCUUUGGAUCACAUUCGCUCACAGCAUGCUGAUCACACUACAACAAGAACUUAUCAUGAAUAGUGACAAGACAAUUGAUGGUAGAGGAGUUGAUGUUUACAUUGCCAAUGGUGCUGGUAUUACUGUUCAAUUUGUUAAGAAUAUUAUCAUCCAUGGAAUUAAGAUUUACAACAUUCAAGUACGUGAAGGUGGUACGAUUAGAGAUUCUGAGACCCAUUAUGGUUUAAGGACUAGGAGUGAUGGUGAUGGUAUUUCCAUAUUUGGUUCUAGUAAUAUUUGGAUUGAUCAUGUCUCCAUGAAAAAUUGUACUGAUGGUUUAAUUGAUGCAAUCAUGGGAUCUACUGCUAUUACCAUUUCUAACAGUCACUUCACUGACCACAAUGAGGUUAUGCUUUUUGGUGCUAAUGACAAUCAUAAAGAAGACAAGAUCAUGCAAAUCACAUUAGCAUUCAACCACUUUGGAAAAAGAUUAGUACAAAGGAUGCCAAGGGCAAGAUUUGGUUUUAUCCAUUGUGUUAACAAUGACUACACUCAUUGGGAAAUGUAUGCCAUUGGUGGUAGCUCGAACCCUACAAUUAUCAGUGAGGGUAACAGAUUCAUUGGCCCAGAAAACAAAAUGGUAGGUAAAGACCUUAUUAAUUCUAAAGAAGUAACAAAGAGAGAAUACACCGAUGAAAGUAUAUGGAAAAGCUGGCAAUGGAGAUCAAUCAAUGACGAAUUUUUGAGCGAUGCUUACUUUAUUCAAUCUGGACCAGAGCUAAAGGACAGACCAUUUUCAAGGCAAGACAUGAUAACAGCUAAACCAGGAAGUUAUGUUGGAAGACUUACACGAUUUGCCGGAAACCUACAAUGCAUUGUGGGUAAACCUUGUUAGAUUUUGGUCAAUUUGUUAUUGUUGCUACUUACUCAUUGCUACAAUAGUGGCAUGACAAAGGAUAAAAAAGAAUGAAGAGCAAUAAUAUAAUGUCCUAACAUAGUUUGCCAAAUAGAUUUUUCUUUUCUUGUUUACUUUUCCUUCAACUUUCUAAUAGAAAGGAUCAGUCAUGAAAUCUUUCAUUUUAAUGCCAGAUACAUGUACCUGAAAAGGAGUAUUCUAUUUUAUUAUCAAUGAAGUUUUUUAAUUCUUUU